GCUUAGUGUCCCAGCAGCAUGAGCGGCUUGGGCGCAGCCGGUGCGGCCGCCGGCCCUGCCCCGCCGGCACAGGAGGAGGGCAUGACAUGGUGGUACCGCUGGCUGUGCCGUCUGGCCGGCGUGCUGGGGGCCGUGUAAGCCCAGGGGGAAUGCUGGUCUCAGGAAAGGAAGGUCCGAGGAUCCCAUUGCCUACCUGGUGCAGGAGCAGAAACUGUGUGGGUAGGGCAGACCCAUCUGCUCUCCUGCCUGAAGGAGUACCUUGAAGCUCAUCUGUGCAGAGGAUCCAGCUGGAAGUUCAGCCUGCGCCAUCUCUGGACUCUUCAACUGUGUCACCAUCCACCCUCUGAAUAUCGCAGCUGGUGUGUGGAUGAUCAUGAACGCCUUCAUCCUCCUGUUGUGCGAGGCGCCCUUCUGCUGCCAGUUCGUGGAGUUUGCAAAUACAGUAGCUGAGAAGGUGGACCGGCUGCGCUCCUGGCAGAAAGCUGUUUUCUACUGCGGGAUGGCCAUCGUCCCCAUCGUCAUGAGCCUGACCCUGACCACACUGCUGGGCAACGCCAUCGCCUUUGCCACUGGGGUGCUGUACGGACUAUCUGCCCUGGGCAAAAAGUGCGUCUGCAGCCCAGCCCCAGGCUGGGGCCUCCUUUGCCGCCCCUGCUACCCCGUCUCAAGUGGGAAAGGGGUGAUGCCAUUUCUUACGCUCGGAUCCAGCAGCAGAGGCAACAGGCAGACGAAGAGAAGCUGGCUGAGACUCUGGAGGGGGAGCUGUGAGGUGAGGCAGGGCGGCCUACCCUCAUUGGAUUCUACUGCCAUUGGGUUCUGUGUGAAGUCUGGAGAAGGCUGAGCGUCAAUUCUGCUAAAUGGCCUGGAGAGGAGUCCCUGCAAGUCACCAUGCCUCAAGUCUUCCUGUGUCCAUCCUGUUCUCUGAACUACUGAGCUUGGAGCUCCUGCCCUACUGAUACUGAAGACCUGGGCCAUAGGCUAUGGAUGGGAUCAACUCACUCCUGCUAGCCUGUGGAGCAGACUCCUGCGCUAGUUACCCGUCCCAGACCUAAGAGCAGCCACUCCUGAGCACACUGGUCCUCAACUGGUUAACAGGCUGAUCACCCAGGCUCCGGCCACUUCAGGCUUCAUCCUUUUUAGGUCCGAGCUUGCUGGCGGUUGAGGCUUCAGCUCUGCCCCACGCACCUGUACCCAGAGCAGAGGACGGGUACAGCGGUGUCCUGAGGCCAGCUGUCACUGCCAGGAGCAGGACAGAUAGCUGGGCUUUGAGAAUAUAUAGCACUCCCAGGAUGCAGCUUCCUGGCCAGAAGAGCAGCCUUGGACAAGCUAUUUCAGGACACCUUGCUGUUCCGUUUCCCAUGGGUUCUGCCCCUCCGCCAGUUCAGGCUUCGGUGCUAGGAAGUGUGUGUGUGUGUGUGUGUGUGUGUAUGGUGUGUGUUGGGAGUGUGUACUGCAGUGAGAACCUCUUUGUCAGUGACAGCAGGCUCACUAUUAGUAGGGAUUGACCUCAGGUAUUUCUCCCAACUUGCCCCUGGCAUUCUGUAGCCUUUGAAGAGCUGGGCAGAGACCAGAGCCACCUCUCACACAGAGCUGGCCCUGUCUCAGGUACCAGAUCACGACAAGUAAGCUGCAUGGCUAGGGUGUGGAGACCUCCUACCCUGGAACUGGCCCUCCUGGACAUACCCUGGCUAUCCCCCAUCCUUCCUCUGUACUACUGUCUUUUCCUACUGUCCUGUGAUAUUGGCACUAGUGGCUGAUUAGAUGGGACCUUAGCCAUUAGGCACGUGUUUGGUGGCCUGGCUAAGGAUGAUGUGGAAAAUGCUAAGUCUUGCCUCCCUCCAGGUGCAAGACCUUCAGCUGGGCCUGCUCCAUGGAAGCCAGCCCCAGAGUUGUUGAACUUCUAGGGGAUCGUUAGCUCUGUAGUGUUUGGGGCCAGAAGUAGUGGGUAUUCUAUUGGGAUAGAGGCUCUUUGAUCUUUGGACUCUGGGGAAAGCAGAUGUCACAGUGUAGCUGGUUUGGUGGGACAUGUCUUCAGGGUUCACCUGAGGCUCUUUUUCUUAAGCCAGGAAUGGGCUUCAAGGGCUUUGCAUAUGUAUGAGUGUCCCAGGGCCUGUGUUCCCAGGAAGACCUGUCUACCUCCCAGGAGGAGCAAAGGCCCUACCUGCCCCUCUGGUUACAUAUAGAGGUAUAAGAUUCAGGUCUCUUCUGCCCAGGCCUUCUGCCCCCUAGCAGUGGAACUCACUGGCUGUAUCUAUAGUAAGAUUGUACCCACUAGGGAAAUCCAUUUUGUACUGGACAGGCAUGGGAUGGGGUGUAAAGGUAUAGGCCCUCAGACAUAGACCACAGUGCGGCAGUCACUUACGUCCUGAGGUUCUUGGAAGCACAGCGGGUCUGGAGCCCAUUGCCUUGCCUCUGAGCACGGGCACUGUGUAGCCCACACUAGGCCCCAUUCUUGCCUGUGUCUGGCUGUUUCCUGUGGCUCCCUCUGCCACUCACCCCCUGGUCUGUUUGUUGCUUAGCUUACAGUGGAGUAAAGCAAGGCUGUAGUUGGAAUGAA